AUGGAUUAUUAAGAAAUUAUAAUAUAAAACUAAUUAUCACUUGGGUUUCUAAUAAGUAAAGAGGUUAUUUUAUAGUUACAUUAAAACUUAUCAAAAGUUAUUUAGUUAUUAAAUCUGGAAUAUUUUGAAAGCAAAGAUUUCUCAUUGACUUUGAGAGGAAUAAAUGGUUUAAAUAAUGAAGAGCUAGCUAUAAGAAUUAAUUAUACAGACUAAUAAGAAUCACAAAAAAUUACUAUUAUGAAUCAAGAAUCUGAUAAAAAUUGUCUUUAUUAAUUUCAUUUUAAGAAUGCUACAGUUAGAAUAUUCAAUUUGUAUGAUUACAUUUAUGCUGAUUAAGAGAUAAAUGAAACACAAUUAAUAAAUUUGAUGGAAUGCAAUCUAAAAUACGUUAGAAGCUUAAGUCUUUCAUACAUCCCCUAAGAAUCAAUAGAAAAAAUAUAGUUAGGUUAAUAUAUUUCGCAUUGUUACAACUUAGAAAAAUUAAAGUUAAAAUUAUAAGUUUCUACAAUAUUUAAUGAAAACAGUCAAUUAAUAAAAAUGAUAAAAAAUAUCUCUAACUUUCCAAAAUUGAAUGAUUUAAUGUUAGAUAUAUAAGAUUUUUAAGUAGAUUUUUCGUUCUUUUACACUCAUUUGAGCAAGCUUAAAAACCUAAAAAAAGUUUAACUAAGCUUCUAUUGUAGAGGGAAUUAAGUAGAAGGAAUACUGAAUUUACUCAGUUGUCAGAGCAGACUCUUUAAUCUUGUUUUGAAUUUUAAAGGGAUCAUAUAAAUUGAAUAAGCUAAAUAAAUAGGACAUGUUUUGUCAAAAUUAGAGGAGCUUUAAAGCCUUAAUUUGAAUUUAGAAAAUACUAAAGUACCUUAUGAAAUAUAUGAAAAUAUUAUUAACAGUCUUGGUUGCUGUACAAAACUUAAUGAUUUAACUCUCAAUUUCUACGGAAAUGGAUUCCCACCAAAUCACCAAGUGAACAGAAGUAGAGAAAAAAAUAAAUUAAUGUUUUCUGAAAUUUAAUAACUUACUUUAGAUAUUGGACUAAAUAAAAUCAAUAAAUUGGGAGUUGAAGAUUUAGCAGAUAAUAUUUCUAAAUGCAAAAAAUUAAAAAGUUUAAAAUUAAAUUUAUAAAGAGUUGUAGUAGGUGAUUGCUUAACUUUUGAAGCAGGAUUUUAAUUAGCUUAAAUAAUAGGUUAGAGUAUUUAGAAAUGUUCGUUAUUAGAAAAUUUAAAUCUUAAUUUGCUUUAUAACGGUAUUCGAUCUGAAGGAAUUAAACUCUUAUCAAGAGGUCUAAAAGAUUGUCAAAAUCUAAAGGUGUUAAUACUUAUUUUAGGGAAUAAUAACAUAGAUGAUAAUGAGGGUUUAUAAGAAUUCAGUUAAAAUAUUUCUAAAUUAAUAAAUAUAGAAAAAUUGGUUUUAGAUUUCAAUGGAAACAAAUUUAAUCACAUUAAGACGACUCAUUUAAGCGAAGGUCUUUCUUUUUUGUAUUAAAUAAAAGAGCUUUCUUUAAAAUUCAACCAUAGUUGUAUUGGUGUAGAAGGUGCAUAGUCAAUAGGAAAAAGUUUAGGAUUGCUGCAGAAUCUCUAAUUCUUAAAUCUUUAAAUUUAAAAAAAUAAGGUAACUGAUAGCGGUUUAAUUUCUCUCGGUUAAGGCUUAAAAUAAACAAAAAACUUAAAAAUUCUCAACAUUUACUUACUAGAUAACUAAAUUUCGGAGUUUGGAUUAGAAAGUUUUUUUAGCAACUUGUCAUCUCUAAAACAUCUAUAUUACCUUAGUCUCAACUUAAUUUAAAACUAGUAUAAAAGCGAGCUUUUAUUUAAUAGAAGGGAAAGUAGUCUAUUUAAAUUACUCUACAUUAGACAACUAUUUAUAUUUAUUAAUUUUCACAAAGAUAUUGAAAUAUUUAGAAUAAGCUUAAAGAAGCUUCCUCGUUUAAUUUUGGGAUAACUCUAUUACUGA